UGAUAUUUAUCAGUGGAGACCAUUUUCAACACAUUUCAUCCAGUCCUUCUAGUUGCAGAGUUUGCAGAUGCUAGGCUAGCGAAAGUCAACGGUAUGUGCUAGCCUGCCACUAAAAACAGUCUUACCCACUCCCUAGGCAAAUAAAUUAUAAAGCCAGACUAUCGAUGUAAAUGUCUGUGUUGAUAGAAUAAUGUUAGAAAUUAAACUAACCUUCCAUCACAUUGCAAUAGUUAUACUUUGUUCCCUGUAGUUGGAAGUAGGCAUAGGCUGCAGCAACGGCGGAUUGAUAUUACCUGAACUACCAAGAAAAACGGUUUCCAUGACAAUCACGCGCAAAUUUAUUUAUCUGACGUUGUCACUCAUUGCUACAUAGAGUAGCCUACAUUGCACGAAGGAAUCAAGAACUAUGGCCACGUUUGAAAGCCAUGUUUCUGACUUUGAAGAUGACGACGACGACGAGGAAUUUGUGUUUACUAACCAACCAUACUUAUAUGAGCCGGAAUACACGGACGAAGAACUGAGGGAGAGGGAUGCCCAAAGGGCAGAAAGGGAGAGAGCGUCUGUAGAGACGCUCCCCGCUGGAGCUGCAGUAGAGAACCGUUGUUCCAGUUUAGAUGAUAUAAAAUAUCUGCAGACAGUGCUUCCUCCAGAUACCGAUCCUACCUUUUUCUCCUUCCUGACAACCCUGGACUGCUCUGCUGUCUCCAUAAGCUCUGUUCCUGAGGGUAGCACUGUGUUUGCAAGGGUUCCUCUGCUAGAGGUUUCUGGUCCCCUAGCUGUUGUCCAGCUUCUGGAGACCAGCCUUUUGUGUUUGGUCAACUAUGCCAGUCUGGUUUGCAGUAAUGCUGCACGUUUCCGGCUGGCUGCGGGCCCCAAACUGAAGCUGAUUGAGUUGGGCCUCAGAAGAGCUCAAGGACCAGAUGGAGGUCUCUCUGCUUCACGAUACUCUCACAUUGGAGGUUUUGACAUGACUUCAAAUGUUAUGGCCGGUCUGCUGUUCGGUGUCCCUGUGUCUGGAACUAUGGCCCAUUCUUAUGUCACUUCCUUUUCUUCUUUAGAAGAGGUGUGGCCUCGGGUGAUGAUUCCUUCAGAUGGUGGUGAAAGAGUUGACGUUGUGACCUUAACAAUAGGUUGGCUGAAACGAAUUUGUCAACUACUAGGUGUGAAGUCAGAGCAUGUACACGAGGGCGAGCUUACUGCCUUUCUUUCUUUUGGCAUUGCUUAUCCUCAGAACUUCCUACCUGUGAUUGACACAUACAGCGUUAAAAGCAGUGGUCUCCCAUGUUUUUGUGCCGUGGCACUGACUCUGUGUGAGUUGGGGUAUCAGCCAGUGGGUGUGCGGCUGGACAGUGGUGACCUCUGCAAGUUAUCAGUGGAAGUACGAUCAGUCUUCCUUCAGUGCUGCAAUCAUUUUGAAAUAAAACAGUUCCUGUCCUUGAUCAUCAUUGGCUCCAAUGGUGUGUCCGAGCAAAGUCUUGGUGAUCUCAAAAAGAAGAAGAGUGAGAUUGAUAUGAUGGGCGUUGGAACUCAUCUGGUUACCUGCACCCAUCAGCCAUCCCUUGGAUGUGUGUAUAAGCUGGUAGAGGUAAGUGGUCAACCCAAGAUCAAGUUUACUGAAGACCCUGAAAAGACCACUCUCCCUGGCAGCAAAAAUGUUUACAGACUGUUGGACACUGAGGGCCAUCCAUUUUUGGAUCUGUUAUGCCUGUCAGAGGAGCCUCCCCCUGUAGCUGGUGUGUCAAUGCAAUGCCAUUUGUUAGGACAUGGGAACACACCAUAUUGUGUUACACCUGGUCAAGUGAUAAAGUUGCGGCAGAAUGUUUUCUCCAAGGGCCAGCUCACCCUACCUCUCAGUUCUGUGGCAGAAAGCAAAGCCAGAGCACAAAUCUGCAUUCACUCUCUACACCCAAGAUACAAAUGCCUCCAACAGCCAGACACAUAUACUGUUGCAAUGUCUGAGAAGCUCUACCUCCUCCUCUGUGAUGUCAAAGCCAAAAACACCAGUGCUAAUAACUUCCUGCUCCAAUGAGAUAUGUGAAUCAACAGCCACAAAAUGGCUACAUCUGAUGCUUGUAGCCAGCCUUUUAAAAAAAAAGUGUCAUUUGUAUCAUCAUUUGGACCUAAAUACAGUUGUCAAUUUUUGAAAUAAUUUGAAACUAAUUUGCAUUCAUCAUUGUUUAUUCUAUGUUUAGUGCCAAGUACACUUUGAUUUUAACUCUUCAUUUAACCAAAUAUUUAUUUAAUAAA